AUGAACCAUCUCUGUCUGGAAUUCCUUUGCACCGGCUGGCCGGGGCCUCAGCUUUGGGUACACAGGCCGGCCCCUCCGCACACCUCCUGGGGCCCUGGAAAUGCCCAUACAGAGUCACCGCAGUCCAGACGGAGAGCGGAGCGGGGACAGGCGUACGACAUGAGUGGGGCGCGGCGGGCCCUGACGCUCUGCGUGCUGAAAGAUCGGCCGGGCGCGGAGAAUGACAUCGAGGCGCUGGACAGGAUGUAUACAACUUUUGAAUUUCAGAACACGCUGGUCAAGGACCCGACUGCAUCCCAAUUCCAGACUGAGCUGGUGAGCUUCCGAGAGCGGAUUGACCAAAUCCGAGGCCCGGUCAGCUGCUGCUUCGUGGUCAUCAUGGCGCAUGGGGACAGCGGAGUUGUCAAGGCGGCCGAUGGACAGUACGUGAACCUGGAGGAGCUGUUCGCAGAGAUGACCAACGAGACCUGCCGAGCGCUGCGGGGCAAACCCAAGGUCUUCAUCAUCCAAGCCUGCCGGGGGGGAAGAGGAGACCCAGGUGUGCUUCAAUGUGAUAGGCUUGUAAGUGACUCGGUCAGCCAGGUCCGUCGCAGGCGGAUUCCUAUACACACCGACCGCCUCUUCGUCUUUUCGUCCAGAAACGGUUAUUACUCGAUUAGAAAUGAAAUCACAGGCUCUUGGCUGAUUCAGACCAUGGUGGAUGUGUUCACUGCGUACCCCUACUGGGACAUCAUGGGGCUAUUCACCGAGAACAAUCGAACCCCCUCUCACGUGACCUCCUACAAGGUGUGA